AUGCCGCCACAGAGAAAGAAGAGAACCACAGAAGAUGAGGCCACGGAAGAAAGACAGCUUUCUAUGGUUGAACCAAUCGAGUCAAGCGGGACGAAUAAGGAAAUGAAGCUCAAAAGAAUUGAGGAUAACUUAAGAGCAAGAGAACUAAAGAAAAGAGCUGAACAAGGAACCUUGAACGAAGCCCCUCAGCCCAUGGACACUCAAGAUGAUCCAUCAAGCAAGUCGGAGGAUGAAUUAGCUUUGGCACUGAAGCAGCUAGAGAAGCUGAAAAGAGAAAAGGAGCGUUUCACUCAAGAGUUACAAGCUCAAAGACAAGCAGCUGACAAGCUAGCAAAAUUGAACGAAGCUAAGAGAUAG